CUUUACGGGAAGGCGGAGCGGCAACAUGGCGGCGUCGAGAGCUGACGGGCCUGUGGACGUCAAGAGUGAAAAGGGCCCUGUCGCUCAGCGCAUCGACCCGAAUCGGGACAAGUUGACGCCCCAGCAGCUGCAUUUCAUGCAACAGGCGCAGCUCGCUCAGUGGCAGAAGCAGCUACCACAGCGGAGGGCCAGGAACAUCGUGACCGGCCUUGGCAUAGGCGCCCUGGUGUUAGCCAUUUAUGGUUACACCUUCUAUUCAGUAUCCCAGGAGCGCUUCCUGGAUGAGCUGGAGGAUGAGGCCAAAGCUGCUCGAGCCCGAGCUUUGGCAAGGGCGUCAGGACCCUGAUCCAGUGGGACACUUCUGCCCGUCUGUCUCCUGCUGGAUUCCCCUUCCCCAGGAUCCAGUGGAAUCAGAAGUCCGGCUUCACUACCCAUGAAUCGUGACUUAACUCAAGAAACUGGAGGAUUGCUGAUGCAGAGGCCCUCUUUAAGGGGGCAUUGCCCAUUUCACCCUGUAUGGGGACUGAGCUGGUUUUAGGUGACAACCUUGACUUUUCACACAGCGUUCUGACUUCACCUCCCAAGAGCUGGACAUCUGGGGGGUGGGGGUAGUCACUGUGUAAUACAGAGGUGGAGCCUCAGGUGGAAAAGCUGGGAUCUGGUUGAGAAAAUAAAUAGUGUCAUGUCU